UUGCGCUCAGCGCUGCGUUGAGUGUGCACGUACAUCGGGUCUGUUAUCGUUUUUGUGGCGUAAUAUAAAACUACCUUCAGCUAUGGAAAAUAAUAGUGACGGCGACAUACAAUUGAAUAGAAGUUUGGAAGUUCAAGAAAAAACGAGCAGGCAGGAAAGUGAUGUUGUUGAAGAGAUAGAAUGGGAUGACUCAAACUUCAGGAAUACUGAGAAAAGGAAGACUAGGGAAGAUGAAAGUAAUAGUGAGGAAGGUUUCCAAACUGUUACCCGCAGAAAGAGGGCAGCGAAGCGUUUACUGAGGAGUAACUCCCACAAGGGCCAAGUUGAACCAUCAAGAGGAGAAUCGCAAUAUAUUGAAAGAUAUGAAGUAUGUAUUACUUCUUUGGAGAUUUUACCUAAGCAAAUGGCUAUGGCAAAGUUGCUGAGAGGUGAGAAUAUUUCAAAUAUUUUGAGAAUAAAAUAUAAAAGCCCCUAUAAGGUUCUCAUUCAAGUAGAAGACGAAGAGACGGCAGAAAAACUGUUAGGUUGUCAAAAAAUACUUAAUAUGGGAUGUAGAUGUCAGAUGACUACGGAAACCAGUUUUUGUUAUGGUAUUGUGAAAAAUGUUGAUUUAGAUAUGACAGAAAAAGAUUUAGUGGAUGUUGUAGAAUCUUCAGCAGAAGUUGUCUCAAUUAAACGUUUAAAUCGCAUUGACGCAGAUGGAAAAUGGGUACCGAGUGAAACAAUAAGACUAUGUUUUAAAGGAACCAUUUUACCCCCAUAUAUAACAGCAUAUGGAUGUAGAUUCAAGGUUGAUACCUAUAUAUUCCCUGUAACUCAAUGUUCCGGGUGCUGGAAAUUUGGACAUGUAGUCAAGUUCUGUCCCACGAAGAAAAUUGUUUGCCCUAAAUGUGGAGAGAACCAUGAAAAUUGUGAAAUUAAAGAAUUUUCAUGUGCCAAUUGUAAAGGUUCCCACUUGGCCCUAGACAAAAUAUGCCCCAUUUACCAAAAAGAGAAAUUGAUUCGCUCUAUUAUGAGUAAGAAUAAUACCACAUAUAGAAAGGCAUUACUUAUUUAUAAAGAAGAGAUGGCGGAGAAAGAAGAGUCGGAGUCUGAGAUCAUAAACUGGGAAAUGGAACCGACCCCUGCACAAGCAACUGGUAUGGACACCAGCGCCUCACAGCCUGCCUCUGUCCCAAUUUCCGGUACUUCUCAAAAUACUUAUAGCAAUGUUGUAGGGGCUAAAACAAUGGUCCAGCAAACGCGACUAGAUAGUGAAGAAACUCCUGCCUCAUAUAAUAAGAAGAAAAACGACAAAAAGAAUAAAAAAAAGGAAGAAACGAAGGGAAAUCUUUGCAACACGGAAAAAUGUUCUAUGGAAUUCGAGGAAGUCGAAAUGGGUAAUAAUAAAAAACAGGAAUCACAACGAGCAACUCAGCAAGAAAGAAGAUCAAAGUUUAGAAUAAUUUUUGAACGUUUUAAAGAUAUAUUAUUGUCUAAUGUUUCGGUGGGAGAAAAAAUUUUUUUGUUGCUUCAGUUGAUUGUUGAACAAUGUAAAGUUGUUUUAAAGGAUAUGUUUACCGAUGGAGAGAUGUUAGGCAAAAUUUUUAAACUUUUUAAUGGAUAGACCUAUUAAAAAUUUUACUAUUAAUAUAUUACAGUGGAAUGCACAAAGCCUCAGACCCAAAUUGGCAAGUUUUGAAACAUUAUUGCAACAAGAAAAAAUACACAUAGCCAUUUUGAGUGAAACAUGGUUAGAGCCUGAAGCCUGUUUGAAGAUCCACGGAUAUAAUAUUUACAGAAGGGAUCGGCCUGAUACCUAUGGAGGAGUUGCCAUCAUAGUUCACAAAUCGAUUUCAGUACAGUCAUAAGGAUUUCAGUUGUUGUGAGGAUGAAAUUCAAGCCGCUUUGGAUGUAACCGUAUCUCUUUUAAAUGAUUUGGGAUUGGAGCUAUCUUCAAGUAAGACAAAACUAUGUGUAUUCAGUAGAGGUCGUAGGCAGCUGGUACCCAAUGUUAAAAUAAAUUCGGUGACAUUAUCUUCCAGCGAGUGUAUAAAAUAUUUGGGACUAUGGUUGGACAAAAAACUACUGUGGAGCAAGCAUAUCAAUGAAGUAAGCGAAAAAUGUUUAAAAUUUUUGAACAUUUUAAAAGUACUAACAGGGUCAUCUUGGGGAGUACAUCCUAAUCAUAUGCGAAAAUUAUAUUUAUCACUUAUUAGAAGCAGACUGGACUAUGGAAGUGGCUUGUUUGGAAAUAGUGCUCAAACACAUUUAAAAAAAUUAGACAAGGUUCAAAAUCAGGCUUUAAGAAUCAUAGGAGGUUUCCUUAAGAGCACGCCCAUACAUGUGAUGGAGAGUGAAUUAAGUAUACCUCCCCUGUAUAUAAGAAGAGUUCAGUUGACAUACAAACAUUGUUUGAAAUUUCAAUCAAUUUCAGAAAACGAAAGUGUAAACCUUCUUGAUAAGUUAAGUACUCUGUGUCAAUUUAAAUACUGGAAGAAAAAAAAGAAACCACUGCUAGUAGAAUGUUAUGAAAAAACCAAACAUGAGAUUAUCCAUUCAUCUGCUCCUCUGGAAAUGUUUACUUUGAAUACUUGGGUCUCAAGCAUAGAGUACAAGAUUGAGAUUAAUUUAAAAGCCGUCAAACAGGCAAAAGCGUCUUACGACGCGAGUGUCCUCAAGUUUGAAAUAAUGAAUGAAAUCCAAGAGAAAUAUCGUGGAUGGCACAUGUUGUUCACUGACGGGUCGAAAAGUGAUGAAGGGGCAGGUGCGGCUUUUUACGACUGCACCACCAAUUUCUCUGAAGGUUUUAAGGUCGAUCCCUGUCUGUCUAUAAUGUCCGUUGAACUCAUUGCAAUUUUAAAGGCAGUAUCGUACAUAAGAGGGCUGGGUAUACAAAGAUGUGUCAUCUUCACUGAUAGCAAAAGUGCGCUUCAACACCUGGCUCGAUGCGCCUCUGGAAAUAGCAGAGGUAUAUCGAUAGCCUACGAUAUUUUGGCACUUUUGUAUGAAGUAGUUCAAACCGAUGUUGAGUUAAGAUUGCAAUGGGUUCCAUCUCAUAUAGGUUUGGUGGGCAAUGAGAAGGUUGACUCAUUAGCAAAAGAAGCAAGGACCAGUGGUUCUAGCACUACUAUUUCACCGGAUUAUGUGGAAAAGUUUUCUAAAUUCAAAAAUAUUACCUACAAUUUUUGGAAAGAAUAUUUUAACCGUAGAUCAUUGGAGAAAGGAAUUUGGUAUAAAACGCUACAGAGUCAACCUCCUCAAGUGCCUUGGUUUAGUAAUGUAAAACUUAGUAGAAAUUUAAUUAAAGUAGCAUUUAGACUUCGUUCUGGUCAUUAUUUAUGUAAUAAGUUUAAAUUUAUGAUGAAAAAAUCAGAUACUCCUAACUGUGAAAGAUGUGGUGUUUUAGAAGAUGUACAACAUAUACUCAUUGAUUGUAUUAAAUAUAAGUGUGAAAGGGAUCAACUAGUGAGAGAAUUAAUGUUAAACUACAAUGAUGUGGGACUUGCCCAGUCAAUAUUGUCAAAACCUAACUCGAUAGUUGCAAGAAAAUUUUACGAGUUUGUGUUUAUAUUUUCUCAGAAGUAGAUCUCUUAAUUAGGGUACGAUAGGGCUGACAUGCCAUUAAGGAAAAAGCCCUGUUAAAAAAAAAUAAUAA